AUGAGUCUGAUAAUGUUCAAAUUCGGAAAUGAAGAUCAAGUUGUUGCUUUCUCUGGAAGAAUUCAUGUGCAAAAAGAUGAAAAUUCCGAUGUUGAAGAACCUGAUAUAGAAGUGGUGAUGAAGCAAUUCAACAAUCUCUAUGAUUCCUCUGAAAAAUUGAAGAAGAAAAAUGCAGAACUUGCUGAUCAAGUGGUUUUUCUUCAGGAAGAACUGACCAGGAUUGAAACUGCGUUUCAAUCCCAGCUGAAAACAAAAGAAAAUCUACGUGGGUCUCUGUUGGAAAAAAUUCAAAGGCUCCAAGACAAGUACCAUAUGCAGAAAGAUAUGAAUGUUUCUCUUACUCUCGAAAGGGAUCAUGCUAGUGCUGAAUUAAAAUUAGCAACGGAAAAAUAUUUGGUAUGA